UGAGAUGUGCCACAUAUUUGAAAUGUAUUUUGAUUAUCAGUAAUGAUUUUUCUGGCUUGCUCUAAAAGCAUUUAGAUGUUUCAGAAAGUUUAUAAAAUGAGCUAGUUUUUGCUAAAUUUCUUCUCAGACAAACGAAAUGCGACGAACUCUAACCGACAAAAAGGCAGAUUCUAGUGCGGUUAUAAAAAGUUUGAAGCACAAACUUCACUCCGUCGAAAGAGUCGUAAAAAACAAAGACAGUGAACUAAGCAAAUUGAAAAAUGACAUGCAAUACUCCGACAUGGCGGAACUCCAGAUGCAAAAUGAAGUGUGUUAUCAGGAGAUUCAAAGGCUGACAAGAUUGCUAACAGAACCUCGAAGUGCGAACACUUUGCAGAUUACGUCAGAAAUAAAGAAAGAGAAGACAGCGGAAGGGAAAAUAAAAAGAUAUAGCGAAGCAGUUGAAUCAUUGUCAGGUAAACGUGUUUUUCUUUCUUAGUACGUCAUCUUUUGUCAUAAAAUGACAUCUUUUUUAUCAUAAAAUCUUUUAAGUUUUGGUACUACAAAAAAUGUGAAGAUGGCUCGAACUGAACCAUUUAAGUUUUUAUAUUUACUUUAUCAACAAUCGUUCAUUCCUGCUGUGUCUGGAACAUGCCUUACGUUGUAUCCAUGUUUAUUACUCAUGUUUAUAACGUUGUAU